UCAUUUGCAUUUUGUGAUUUUUUGUGUUUACGAUUCAUUUAGAAAUUUUCUGAUCGUUAGUCGAUAAUAGAUGUUGGGUUUUUUGAUUGUUUGAUAUUUUCAGAUUGAUCUUUCCAUUUUAUUGAACUGUUAAAAAUUUGUGCUGAAAAAUGAGCGAAUCUAGUGACUUGUACGCUUGCACGAAAUGUUUUGCCAGACAUCCGUUUAAAGAACUAUCCCGAGGUUUGAUGAUGUGCAAGGCCUGUCGAGUGGCGUAUCCCAUUAUCAAAUGUACCUAUUGUAGAACGGAAUUCCAACAAUCACAGAAAAACAGCUCUAAUACUAUUUGUUCGAAGUGUGAAAGUAACGUGAAGCAGUACGGUAAACCUCGAGUAUGCGAAUACUGCAACAUUAUAGCUGCAUUUAUCGGAAACAAAUGUCAACGUUGUACCAACUCCGAACGGAAAUAUGGACUUCCCGUAACUUGCGAACAGUGCAAACAGAAAUGUGCUUUUGAUCGUAAAGAAGAUGACAAAAAAGUUGAUGGCAAAUUGCUUUGUUGGCUGUGUACAUUGUCCUACAAACGAGCUUUGGCUAAAACAAAACGUGCUACUGAGAAGAAAUCUCAUAAUAUUAAAAUCGUUACGAAGAAUAAAGAAAGGCCUCAUCAUCAUAUACAUCAUCAUAAACGUCCCGUUCGUGUAGACGUCACCAAAUUGGAUUAUAGCAAAAUGAACAAUUCGAAGAAUAAGAAUAUGAACUCGUCGUCUUCAUCGGGGCCUAAAAUGCCGAAAAUUCAUAGUGAUUUGACCGAUUCGAGCAACACUGAUCAUAUAGUGAUUAUUACCGAAUUGACGGAGAAAUACGCGUCGUUGGAAAAACAGCUUCAAUUGAAGGAUAAUCAAAUUAUAGAAAAAGAUAAAUAUAUAACCGAAUUGAAAGCUACGCAUUUUACGAAGGAAGAAGAAAUACGAAAUCUGAUGAUCGGUAAAAAGAAAGAGUAUGAGAAGGAAAUCGAUGGAUUACACGCUAAAAUCAAGACGAUGCAACGGGAAAUAGGCUCUCUCAAUAAACGUUUGUUAGCUAAAAAUGGUUUAGGUAAUAAUGUAGGUGUUAGUAGCCAAGAUGAAAGUGCUGCGAACAGCCCUGCUUCCAGUACGUAAUGCAUCCGUAACCAUCCUACUUUUAUAUAUUCGUUUUUCUCUUUCGUCGUUCAAUUACCUCAAAACGUAACUAAUUAUCGUUUAUAAUGUUUAUAAUUUUCAAUAGUGAGUGAUGCUUGAAUGAAGUUUUGUAUUCGUCAGCGUAAGGUUUCAUUUGAAUUUUACCUGAUCCGGUUGAACACUAACCGAACAAUGAUCAGCGUAAGGUUACAACCAUACCUAACCUUUUUUUUGUGAAUUUUAUGUUGUGAAACCCGUAAACGAACCCAUUUUUGAUUCAACUUACUCGGUGAAUACCCGUUUAGAAACAUUUAAUUUUUAAUUAUUGAAAUCAAAUAUAUUCCUAUGUAUGUUUUAAAAUAAUUUACGUAUAAUGCGUGUAAUAAGUGAUUGAAAUG